UUCAACUUCAUCAGACAAUUAACAAGCCAUAUCUCCCCCCUCUCUCCCUCUCUCUGCCUUCCUACAUCUCUGUUUCUGGUCCUUUCCAUCUCUGGGAAUGUCAAGAGGCGGUAGAUAGAGAAGUUGCAACCUCCAUGACCUCUCCACAUAUACAUCUUGCCCACAACCUUCCCUCCAUAGAGUCAGAGCUAGAGAGAGAUAAGAUAGAUAGAGAGAGUAGCAGCAGCUAUGGAAGAGUUCACAUUCCCCAGCGUCCCGUUUGAGCACUGCAACGCCGCCAAGAAGGUCUCCUUCCCUCACUUCGCCUCCCCGUCGCCGUGGCUCGUCGUCCCCGGCGGCGUCGUUGACACGGCCGCGCACGAGUACGAUCACCGGAGGAGCUUCUCGGCCGUGGAGCAGCAAACCGCCGCCGGCAGCGACCACCACCACCACCUGGGAGGCUACGACGGCCACCACCACGGCUCGGCAAGGUUCGCCGUGGAGGACAAGAUGGACAUGCUGUGGGAGGAUUUCAACGAGGAGCUCGCCCGGGCCGCGCAGCCGUGCCCGCUGACCAAGGGGACGCCGUCGUGGGCGGCGACGAAGGAAUCCUGGUUCGCUGGCGACGGCUACGAAGGGGCCGCGGAGACGCGCAAGCACGCCGUCGUCCGGCGGCGGAGGAUGGGCCUGCUCAUGAUGCUGAGGCUGCUCAAGAAGCUGUUCCUGGCGCACAAGUCCGGCGCCGCUCCGUCGAGGAAGACGCCACCGAUCUGAUGCAGCAGAAAAAUCGAGUCUUCGAGUCGACUGUGCAUGGAUGAUGAUGUAUCAGAUGUAUAUACGAGGGCGAUCAAUUGAUCAACACAUGUUUCUCUCGCUAGCACAAGACCAAGAACAUGGUUCGGAGCUGUUUUUGCUGAUGAAUGUUCUUGUUUCUCUGUUAGAAGUUCCUCUAGUCUGUGUGGCUGUUCAGAGUCUGAUCAUCCUAAAUCUUGGUUGUGCAUUGGGUUUGGCUUAAUUUUGACUAGCUCUGCUAGAACUUGCAGAAAACAGGGCAAGCUAUGAGAAUUCUGCAUCUAACGAUGUUGUACAAUCAGGCAGAUUUUGCUCUUUGUCAAAUUCUUUCCUGGCUGAACUUUCACAGUUUUUGCGAAGUUCAGCCCGAAGUUUCAAAUCUCAAUUGAAGUCAUUUAACAA